AGGGGGCCAUACAGGAGCGGAGGAAGGGAACAGCCACAGCCCAAACUUCUGCUGCCAAGAGGGGCUGGAACGGUGACAGCGGAGCCCGACUUCCAGGUCAGGAGCUUAGACCCGGGACGCGUCGCCACUAAGCUCCAGGAAAGGCAGCGGCGCAUCACCUGCUGUCACACACAGGCUCAGGAAACGCUGCGAGCUGUAGUAGUGGGAGGGAGGCUCCUGCUCAGGUGCCAGUGACAGAGGCAGAGACCUGCCCCCAGGGAGUCGCUGUGGCCAGGGUAGGAGGACAGGCUGCCGGCGCUGGAGAAUCCCUUCAAUCCAAAGCUUGGAAGAGGGAGGGGAUGGCGCUCCAGCAAGCGAUGUCCAAGAGCGAGCGAGGGUGAGGAAAGGGAGUGAGUCAGUGAUCCACUGCAGCUCGCUGUCUGCUGCUGCUGCGCCUGCUGCUCAACUCUACCCGCUCUUUGCCUGGACAUGUCUUGAAAAACUUGGAUCGUUCCGUCCCUUUCCUUUCUCCCCCACCCCCUUUCAAGUUUAAACCGGGUACACGCCGACAUGAGGCCAUCGGGAUAUGGGCACGGGCGCUGGAUUUGCUACGCGUUGGGCAUGUGCUGAAGAACCGAAGGGUGGCAAAGUUCAUACUUUAGACGCUUGACCAUUUUUUGAAUUAAAGUGUGCGCUGAUCAACUAAACUAGAGUGGACUUUAGGAGAGAAGUAUUAAGUCCAGCUGGUCUGGGGUUUUGAUAAUUGCCACCAUGGGGAGACCUUUUACCAUGCUGCUGUUGCUGCUGGUGCAGCAUUUUGGAAACUGUGCAGGAAAUCAAAGACUAUAUCAUACUUCAUUUGUGCAAUUUACACAAGUCCAGUACAAUGCCACGGUGUAUGAAAAUUCUGCAGCCAAGACUUAUAUUGAGCAGCCAGUAAAAAUGGGCAUUUACCUUGCAAAUCCACUCUGGGAUAUAAGAUACAAAAUUAUAUCUGGUGACAAUGAAAACUUGUUCAAAGCUGAAGAAUAUAUUCUUGGAAACUUUUGCUUUUUGAGAGUACGGACCAAGGGAGGAAAUACAGCUAUUCUUAACAGAGAGGUGAAAGACCAUUACAUAUUGUCUGUAAAAGCAGUUGAAAAGAAUACUAAUACUGAAGCACGCACACAGAUCAGGGUGCAGAUACUGGAUACAAAUGACUUAAGACCCUUGUUUUCUCCAACAUCUUAUAGUGUUUCUUUGCCUGAAAAUACAGCAAUAAGGACCAGCAUUGCUAGAGUAAGUGCAACAGAUGCAGAUAUUGGAACCAAUGGAGAAUUUUACUACAGUUUUAAAGAAAGAACAGAUAUGUUUGCUAUUCAUCCAACCAGUGGUGCUGUGAUUCUAACUGGAAGACUCGACUAUGCAGAAACUAAGCUUUAUGAGAUGGAAAUCCUCGCAGUGGAUCGUGGAAUGAAAUUGUACGGCAGCAGCGGUAUUAGCAGCAUGGCAAGGCUAACUGUUCACGUAGAGCAAGCAAAUGAAUAUGCUCCUGUUAUUACAGCCGCUGUAUUGGCUCCUUCAGAAUUGGACAAGGAUCCAGCAUAUGCAAUUGUAACUGUUGAGGACAGUGAUCAGGGUUCAAAUGGAGAAAUAGCAUCGUUAAGUAUUGUGGCUGGUGACCCACUUCAACAGUUCAAAACGGUGAGGUCUGUUCCAGGAGGUAAAGAAUAUAAAAUCAAAGCUGUUGGUCACAUUGACUGGGAGAGCCAAUCUUUUGGAUAUAAUCUGACUCUUCAGGCUAAAGAUAAAGGAAAUCCUUCACAGUUUUCUUCUGUAAAAGUUAUUCAUGUGACAUCCCCACUGUUUAAGUCUGGACCGGUCAGAUUUGAAAAAGAUGUGUACAGAGCAGAGAUAAGUGAAUUUGCCCCUCCAGACACUCCUGUGAUAAUGGUAAAAGCUUUACCUAAUUAUUCCCAAUUAAAAUACAUGUUUAAAAGUGCCCCAGGCAAAGUCAGAUUCAACUUAAACCCGCUCACAGGUCUUAUUACCACUUUAGAACCAAUAAAAGCACAAUAUUCAUCCCAUUUUGAACUUGAAGUCAUGACAAGUGACAGAAAAGCCUCUGCAAAAGUGUUGAUUAAAGUAAGAGACAUGAACAGUAACCCCCCUGAAUUUACUCAGACAUCAUAUAAAGCUUCCUUCGAUGAGAAUGUGCCAGUUGGUACUAGUGUCAUGAGUGUGAGUGCAAAAGAUCUUGACGAGGGUGAGAAUGGUUAUGUAACAUAUAGCAUUGCAAAUGUGAAUCCUUUACCAUUUGUGAUUAACCAUUUCAGUGGUGUUAUCAGUACCACGGAAGACAUGGAUUAUGAAUUGAUGCCAAGGGUUUACAAUUUAAGGAUUCGAGCAUCUGAUUGGGGCAUACCAUAUCGUCGAGAAGUUGAAGUUCCUGUUACUAUUAUUUUAAAUAAUUUGAAUGAUAACACACCACUGUUUGAAAAAAUAAAUUGUGAGGGAACAAUCCCUAGGGAUCUUGGUGUUGGAGAACAAAUUACUACUGUAUCUGCUAUUGAUGCUGAUGAGCUCCAGUUGGUGAGAUACCAGAUUGAAUCUGGAAAUGAAUUAGAUUUAUUUAUCUUAAAUCCAAACUCGGGAGUACUUUCCCUGAAGCAAUCUCUAAUAAAUGGUUUAGGUGCUAAAGUAUCUUUUCAUAGUCUGAGAAUUACAGCUACAGAUGGUGAGAACUUUGCAGUACCAUUAUAUAUCAACAUAACUGUAGCUGCCAGUCAUAAACCAGUAAACUUGCAAUGUGAAGAGACUGGUGUAGCCAAAAUGCUGGCAGAAAAACUCCUGCAGGCAAAUAAGCCACACAGUCAUGGCGAGGUUGAGGAUUCUUUUGUUGAUACUCACUCUAUGAAUCUACAUGCACCUCGGUUUAGAAGUACUCUUUCAAGCAGUGUUGAAGUAAAGGAAAGCCUACCAGUGGGUUCCAGCAUAAUACUCAUGAAUGCCACUGAUCUUGACAUUGGCUUCAAUGGAAAACUAGUUUAUGCUAUCUCUGGAGGUAACAAUGAUAGUAGUUUUACUGUGGAUUUGGAAACAGGAAUGUUAAAGAUUUUAUCUCCCCUUGAUCGAGAAGUAAAAGAUAAAUACACUCUGAAUAUUACUGUGUAUGAUCUGGGAAUACCACAAAAGUCAGCUUGGCAUCUUUUAGAUAUCAACAUUUUGGAUGCCAAUGAUAAUAGACCAGAGUUUUUACAGGACAGCUAUUUUGUUGAAGUGAGUGAAAACCAGGAGCUGAACAGCGAAAUCAUUCAGAUUGAAGCCACAGAUAAAGAUUUGGGGCCCAAUGGGGAAGUGAAAUAUUUUCUUCUUACAGAUACAGACAUGUUCACUAUUAACAGUACGACCGGUGUUGUGAAAGUUAUAGGGGCUUUGGAUCGUGAAAUCCAACCUGUGCAUUUCCUGAAAAUAGAGGCCAGGGACCAGCCAAAAGAAGAACCUCAGUUUUUUUCCAGUGUACUUUUGAAAGUAUCUUUAGAAGAUGUCAAUGACAAUCCUCCUAAAUUUAUUCCAUUGAAUUAUCAUGUAAAAAUUCGAGAGGACCUUCCAGAAGGAACUAUUAUCACAUGGCUGGAAGCAUAUGAUCCUGAUGUGGGCCAGUCCAGUCAAGUACGAUACAGCCUUUUAGAUAGUGGAGAUGGAACCUUUGAUGUAGAUAAAUUGAGUGGAGCAAUACGUAUUGUACAAAGAUUGGAUUUUGAAAGGAGACAAGUUUAUAACCUGACUGUACGGGCCAAGGACAAAGGAAAGCCGGUUUCAUUAUCUUCUACCUGUUACGUUGAGGUUGAGGUAGUUGACGUAAAUGAAAAUUUGCACCCUCCACGGUUUUCCAGCUUUGUGGAUAAGGGCUUUGUAAAAGAAGAUGUCUCUAUUGGUUCAUCUGUGAUGACAAUAACUGCCUAUGAUGAGGAUGCAGGAAGAGAUGGAGAGAUUAGGUAUUCAAUCAGAGAUGGAUCUGGCGUUGGCAUUUUCAGAAUAGAUGAAGAAAAAGGUGUAAUAGAGACGGCCGAUCUGCUGGACCGUGAGACUACCUCACAUUACUGGUUAACUGUUUAUGCAACAGACCAGGGUGUUGUGCCUCUAUCUUCUUUCAUUGAAAUCUACAUAGAAGUUGGGGAUGUUAAUGAUAAUGCUCCGCAGACAACAGAACCUGUUUAUUACCCAGAAGUCUUGGAAAAUUCACCUAAGGAUGUAUCUGUCAUUCAGAUUGAGGCAUUUGAUCCUGAUUCCAGCUCUAAUGAAAAGUUGACCUACAAGAUUACAAGUGGAAACCCACAGGGAUUCUUUUCAAUAAACCCCAAAACUGGGCUAAUUAUAACCACAUCAAGAAAGCUAGACCGAGAACAGCAAAGUGAACACAUACUGGAGGUAACCAUUACAGACAAUGGUAUUCCUGCAAAGUCAACUAUUGCCCGGGUGGUUGUGAAAGUCUUAGAUGAGAAUGACAAUAAACCUCAGUUUUUACAAAAGUUCUACAAAAUCAGGCUUCCAGAGCGUGAGAAACCAGAACGUGAGAGGACUGCCAAGAGAGAACCUAUUUAUCGGGUUAUAGCUGCAGAUAAAGAUGAAGGCCCCAAUGCCGAGAUAUCUUACAGCAUUGAAGAGGGCGAUGAACAUGGCAAAUUUUUUAUUGAACCGAAAACUGGAGUGGUAUCAUCAAAGAAGUUUUCUGGAGCAGGAGAAUAUGAUAUUCUUUCAAUUAAGGCUGUGGAUAACGGUCGCCCACAAAGGUCCUCGACUACUCGGCUUCAUAUAGAAUGGAUUUUAAAACCUACACCACCUACAGACCCUAUUUCUUUUGAGGAAACGUUUUUUUCCUUUACGGUCAUGGAAAGUGAUCCAGUAGCUCACAUGAUUGGUGUAAUAGCUGUUGAACCUCUUGGCACACCGCUCUGGUUUGACAUUACUGGAGACAAACUUGCUAGUGAAGUUUUUUACAUCUUUCAGAUGGCUUGUGACCUGAACUGUACAGCAGAAGGUGGCAACUAUGACAGCCGGUUUGAUGUAGACAAGGGCACUGGAACCAUCAUUGUAGCUAGACCUCUUGAUGCAGAACAGAAAUCAAAUUACAACCUGACAGUAAAGGCGACAGAUGGAACCAGCUCUAUCAGCACCCAGGUAUAUAUCAAAGUGAUCGACACAAAUGACCACAGGCCUCAGUUUUCCACCUCAAAAUAUGAAGUCAUUAUACCUGAGGACACAGUGCCAGAGACAGAAAUUUUGCAAGUCAGUGCCACCGACAGGGACGAGAAGAAUAAACUAAUUUAUACAAUGCAGAGUAGCACUGAUCCCAUCAGUCUUAAGAAAUUUCGUUUGGAUCCUGGAACAGGCUCUCUUUAUACAUCUGAAAAAUUGGAUCAUGAGGCCAUCCACCAACAUAUACUUACAGUGAUGGUACGAGAUCAAGAUGUUCCUGUCAAACGCAACUUUGCUAGAAUUGUCAUUAAUGUUAGUGACACAAAUGAUCACGCGCCGUGGUUCACCAGCUCUCCCUAUGAAGGACGGGUAUAUGAAUCAGCAGCUGUUGGGUCAGCAGUACUCCAAGUAACAGCAUUAGACAAAGACAAAGGGAAAAAUGCAGAAAUUGUGUACUCUAUUGAAUCAGGGAAUAUUGGAAAUUCUUUUACUAUAGAUCCCAUCUUGGGCACUAUUAGAAUUGCAAAAGAACUAGAUUGUAGUAACCAAGGAGAGUACAAUUUGGUGGUAAAAGCUACAGAUAAAGGAAAUCCUCCAAUGAGCGAAGUAACUUCAGUGCUUAUCUUUGUCACAAUUUCUGAUAAUGCCUCACCAAAAUUCACACUGAAGGAAUAUUCUACAGAAGUCACUGAAGGUGCCAGCAUUGGUAGUUUUGUUGGAAUGGUUACUGCGUAUAGUCAGUCUUCUGUAGUUUAUCAGAUAAAAGAUGGUAAUGUAGGUGAUGCCUUUAAUAUCAAUCCAAACUCAGGUGUCAUCACCUCUAAGAAGAUACUUGAUUUUGAAACUUUGUCUUUUUACAUGCUAACUGUUCAAGGAACCAACAUGGCUGGGUUGUCUACUAAUACAACUGUUUUGGUGCAUAUUCGGGAUGAGAAUGACAACUCACCAGUUUUUAUGCAGGCAGAAUACACGGGACUCAUCAGUGAAUCAGCUUCAAUUAACAGUGUAGUUCUAACUGACAAGAAUAUCCCAUUAGUAAUUCGAGCUACAGAUGCUGAUAAAGAAUCAAAUGCUUUACUGGUUUAUCAAAUUGUUGAACCAUCUGUGCACAAGUAUUUUGCCAUUGAUUCUAGCACUGGUGCCAUUCGUACCAUAAUGAGUUUGGACUACGAAGAGACAAACAUUUUCCAAUUUUCAGUACAAGUACAUGAUAUGGGGACACCAUGUUUAUUUGCAGAAUAUGCAGCUAAUGUUACUAUUUAUGUAAUUGAUAUCAAUGAUUGUCCUCCUGUGUUUUCAAAAGAUUUGUAUGAGGCAUCCCUUUUGGUGCCUACAUAUAAAAGAGUAACAGUCAUCACCGUAAAUGCUACAGAUACUGAUUCAGGAGCUUUUUCACAACUAAUUUAUUCUGUCACUGAAGGUAACAUUGGAGACAAAUUUUCAAUAGAUCCUAAGACUGGAACUAUAACUGUACAAAAUACAACUCAGUUAAGAAGCAGAUAUGAAUUAACAGUCAGAGCAUCUGAUGGGAGAUUUGCAAGCACUACAUCUGUAAAAAUUAAUGUGAAGGAAAGCAAAGCAAGUCAACUCAAGUUCACACAGGGUUCCUACUCUGCAGUAGUGCGAGAGAAUUCCACUGAGGUUAAAACAAUAGCUGUCAUUACUGCUGUAGGGAAUCAAAUAAAUGAGCCUUUGUUUUAUCACAUUCUGAAUCCUGACAGUAGAUUUAAAAUCAGCUACACUUCAGGAGUACUUUCAACCACAGGAAUACCAUUUGAUCGAGAACAACAAGAAUCUUUUGAUAUAGUGGUAGAGGUGACAGAGGAGCAUAAACCAUCAGUAGUUGCACAUGUUGUGGUGAAGGUCACUAUAGAAGACGUAAAUGAUAAUGGUCCAGUUUUUGUUGAUCUCCCAUAUUAUGCUGCUGUUAAAGUAGACACUGAAGUGGGCCACAUUAUUCGACGUGUUACAGCAGUAGAUAAAGAUAUAGGAAGUAAUGGAGAGAUACGCUAUUACCUUAAAGACCAUCAUGAACACUUCCAUAUUGGGCCCACUGGUGAAAUCACACUCAAGAGACAGUUUGAACCGGACACACUAAAUAAGGAAUAUCUUGUCACAGUGGUGGCAAAAGAUGGAGGAGAACCAAGUUUUUCUGCUGAAGUUACAGUCCCAAUCACUGUUAUGAAUAAAGCCAUGCCAGUUUUUGAAAAGCCUUUCUAUAGCGCUGAGAUACCUGAAAAUAUUCAGUUGCAUAGCCCUGUUGUCCAUGUACAAGCAAACAGCCCAGAAGGACUUAAGGUGUUUUAUAGUAUCACAGAUGGAGAUCCUUUCAAUCAGUUUACUAUCAACUUCAAUACUGGAGUUAUAAUUGUUGUUGCCACUCUAGAUUUUGAGUCCCAUCCCGCCUAUAAACUGAGUAUACGAGCAACUGACUCUCUAACUGGGGCCCACGCUCAGGUGUUUGUAGAUAUAGUAGUGGAAGAUAUAAAUGAUAAUCAUCCUCUGUUUACAAAGCUAUCUUAUACUGCAGUCCUUUCUGAGGCAUCUGUAAUUGGGACAUCUGUUGUACAAGUUAGUGCUACAGAUGCUGAUUCUGGAACAAACAGAAGGAUUUCCUAUCACUUGGUUGAGGAUAAUAGCAGGAGUCAUGAGUAUUUCCACAUAGAUAGCAGCAGUGGGCUCAUUCUGACAGCAAAGACUUUGGAUUAUGAACAGAUCCAGCAAAACAAAUUACUAGUAAGGGCAGUAGAUGGUGGAAUGCCCCCACUGAGCAGUGACAUUAUUGUAACUGUCAAUAUAACUGACCUCAAUGAUAACCCACCGUUAUUUAACCAACUGCUUUAUGAGGCUAAAGUUAGUGAACUGGCUCCCCGUGGACACUUUGUAGCCUGUGUAAAAGCCUCAGAUGCAGACAGUUCAGAUGUAAACAAACUGGAAUAUUCAAUUCUGACAGGCAAUGAUCACAUGCAUUUUGUAAUUAAUAGCAAAACUGGCAUCAUCGCCAUCUCAAACCCACGCAAACAGACCUUGAAGCGUCUUUACAAUCUUAAUGUGUCUGUGUCUGAUGGGGUCUUUAGAAGUUCAGCUCAGGUACAGAUAACUGUUACUGGAGCCAAUUUGCAUAGCCCUGUUUUCAGUCAGAAUGAGUAUGAAGUGGAACUAGCUGAAAACGCUCCAUUGCAUACCUUGGUGACUGAAGUUAAAGUGACAGAUGAAGAUUCUGGGGCUUACGGCCAAAUCAGUUAUCAUAUUGUAAAUGACUUUGCCAAAGAUAGAUUUUAUGCUAAUGACAGAGGUCAGAUAUUUACCUCUGAAAAGCUUGACCGUGAAACACAAACAGAAAAAGUAACUUCUAUUAGUUUAAUGGCCAAGGAUGCUGGAGGAAAAGUUGCUUUUUGCAAUGUUAAUGUGAUACUUACAGAUGAUAAUGAUAAUGCCCCUCAAUUCCGAGCAACAGAGUAUGAAGUGAAUAUUGGAUCUAAUGUUCCAAGAGGAACAUUUAUCACUAAAGUUUUGGCAUCUGAUGCUGAUGAGGGUACAAAUGCAGACAUUACAUAUGCUAUUGAAGCAGAGUCUGAAAGUGUCAAUGAGAAUUUGGAAAUUGAUCCUUUGUCUGGUGUAAUUACUACAAAAGAAAGCUUAAUUGGUUUAGAAAAUGAGUUUCUAACGUUCUUUGUUAAAGCCCGGGAUGGUGGAUCCCCCCAAAAACAAUCAGUGGUUCCUAUCUAUAUUAGAAUACUCCCACCAGAAGUGACUCUUCCCAAAUUUGCAGAGCCAUUUUAUUCUUAUACUGUUUCCGAGGACAUUCCUAUUGGAGCUGAGAUUGAUAUUAUACAUGCAGAGCAUAAUCAAACAUUAGUAUACACUCUAGUUAAAGGCAACACUCCUGAAAGCAACAGGGAUGAAUGCUUUGUGAUUGACCGACGCAAUGGAAGAUUGAAAGUUGAGAAGAGUCUUGAUCAUGAGACAACUAAGUGGUAUCAGUUUGCAGUGCUAGCACAUUAUACGAAUGACAGUUAUAAUGUUGUUUCCUCAGUAGAUAUAAGCAUUCAGAUAAAAGAUGCAAAUGACAAUAAACCAGUUUUGGAGUCCAGUCCAUAUGAAGCAUUCAUUGUGGAAAACAUGCCAAGUGGAACGAGAGUCAUCCAAGUGAAAGCAACUGACUUGGAUUCAGGACUCAAUGGGCAGGUUACAUAUAGUUUAGAUCCAUCACAAGAACUGGAAAUCACAGAGUCUUUUGCCAUAAACAUGGAAACAGGUUGGAUUACCACCCUCAAAGCACUUGACCAUGAAAAACGGGAUAAGUACAAAAUUACAGUGGUUGCAUCUGAUCGUGGUGAAAAAAUUCAAUUGUCUUCUGUGACAGUGGUUGAAGUUACUGUUACAGAUGUGAAUGACAAUCCUCCACGCUUUACUGCGGAGAUAUACAAAGGGACAGUUAGUGAAGAUGAUCCACCUGGUGGUGUGGUUGCUAUCUUAAGUACCACUGAUGCUGAUACAGAAGAAUCUAACAGACAAGUCACCUAUUAUGUUACAGGAGGUGAUCCCUUUGGGCAGUUUGCAAUAGAAAAUGUGCAGAAUGAAUGGAAAGUCUAUGUCAGAAAACCUCUGGACAGGGAAGAAAAGGACAAUUACCUUCUAAACAUUACAGCUACUGAUGGGACCUUUGCAACAAAAGCUGUGGUUGAGGUUAAAGUCCUAGAUGCUAAUGACAACAGUCCUGUUUGUGAAAAGGCUUUAUACACUGAUACUGUUCCAGAGGAUGCCCCUCCUGGCAAACUGAUCAUGCAGGUAUCUGCUACAGAUGCAGAUAUUCGUUCCAAUGCAGAAAUUACUUAUACGCUGCAUGGCACUGGAGCAGAAAAAUUCAAGCUCAGUCCAGACACAGGUGAACUGAAAACAUUAGCACCACUUAAUCGUGAGCAGCAAGCAGUUUAUAAUCUUUUAGUCAAGGCCAUAGAUGGAGGAGGAAGAUUCUGCAAGGCUAACGUGAUUCUCUCUCUAGAAGAUGUGAAUGAUAAUGCCCCAGAGUUUACAGCUGAUCCUUACUCCAUUACAGUGUUUGAAAACACUGAGCCUAAAACAUUAUUGACAAGAGUGCAAGCUACAGAUGCAGAUGCAGGGAUGAACCGUAAAAUUCGCUACUCGCUAGUGAACUCUGCUGAUGGACAGUUCUCAAUUGAUGAAUUCUCUGGAAUUGUUCGGUUGGAGAAGCCUUUGGAUCGGGAGUUGCAGGCCGUGUACACUCUGACUUUAAAAGCUUUAGAUCAAGGUUUACCUAGAAGGCUGUCCUCUAUUGGUAGUCUUGUGGUUUCUGUUUUGGAUAUAAAUGACAAUCCACCGGUGUUUGAAUAUAGAGAGUACAGUGCCACUGUAUCAGAGGACACUUUAAUUGGAACAGAAGUUCUUCAGAUUUAUGCUGCUAGCAGGGACAUUGAAGCCAACGCUGAGAUCACCUAUUCAAUAGUCAGUGGAAACGAACAUGGAAAAUUCAGUAUUGAGUCAGCAACAGGAGCCAUUUUUAUUAUUGAAAGCCUAGAUUAUGAAAGUUCCCAUGAGUAUUACUUGACAGUGGAAGCCACAGAUGGAGGCACACCUUCAUUAAGUGAUGUUGUAACAGUGAAUAUCAAUGUAACUGAUAUCAAUGAUAACACUCCAGUGUUCAGCCAAGACACGUACACAGCAGUAAUCAGUGAGGAUGCCAUGCUUGAACAAUCCGUCAUUAUGGUUAUGGCAGAUGAUGCUGACGGACCUUCAAACAAUCACAUUCACUACUCAAUUAUAGAUGGCAAUCAGGGGAGUCCUUUUACAAUUGACCCUACCAAGGGUGAAAUAAAAGUGACUAAACUUCUAGACAGAGAAGAGAUUUCAGGGUACACCUUGACAGUUCAAGCUUCAGAUAAUGGAAAUCCAUCCAGAGUCAACACAACUACUGUAAAUAUUGAUGUAUCAGAUGUAAAUGACAAUCCACCACUAUUCUCAAAGGGGAACUAUAGUGUUAUCAUCCAGGAAAAUAAGCCUGUUGGAUUUAGUGUGCUCCAGCUCACAGUGACAGACAAGGAUUCUUCCCAUAAUGGUCCACCUUUCACCUUCACCGUUCUGAGUGGAAAUGAAGAGAACGCUUUUGAGAUAAACCACCAGGGAGUGCUUACCACAUCUGUUGCACUGAAACGCAAAGUGAAGGAUCAUUAUUUUCUCCAUAUUAAGGUGGCAGAUAAUGGAAAACCACAGUUGUCAUCUUUGACUUACAUUGACAUUAGAAUUAUUGAGGAGAGCAUCUAUCCUCCAGCAAUUCUGCCACUAGAAAUCUUUAUUACAGCCUUUGGAGAAGAAUAUUCAGGUGGUGUCAUUGGGAAAAUCCAUGCAACCGAUCAAGAUGUUUAUGACACUUUAACAUACAGUUUGGAUCCCAAGAUGGAAUCCUUAUUCUCUGUCUCCAGCACAGGUGGUAAACUGAUAGCACACAAAAGGCUAGAUAUAGGACAGUACCUCCUGAAUAUCACUGUUACAGAUGGAAAAUUUACUACUGCAGCUGACAUUACAGUGCACAUCAGACAAAUCACGCAAGAAUUGCUAAACCACAGCAUUGCUAUACGCUUUGCAAACCUUGCUCCUGAAGAAUUCAUUGGUGACUACUGGCGCAAUUUCCAGAGAGCUUUAAGAAAUAUUUUGGGUGUGAGAAGAAGUGACAUACAGAUUGUUAGUUUGCAACCCUCUGAUCCUCCUUCAAACCUCGAUGUACUACUGCUCGUUGAGAAAUCUGGUAGUUCUCAACAUCCAACCAGAAUUCUACUCCAGAAGAUAAACUCCUCUGUAGCUGACCUUGAGGAGAUCUUAGGUGUCCGGAUACUUGACGUUUUCUACAAGCUUUGUGCAGGCCUGGAUUGUCCUUGGAAAUUUUGUGAAGAAAAAGUGACCAUAGAUGAAAAUUCCAUGUCAACCCACAGCACAGCCAGGCUGAGUUUUGUCACUCCACGUCACCACAGAACAGCAGUUUGUCUUUGCAAAGAAGGGAAGUGCCCCUUUGUGAAUAAUGUGUGUGAAGGAAACCCAUGCCCCGAAGGUACUGAAUGUAUAGCAGAUCUUAAGGAAGGAAAGUACACCUGUGUUUGCCAUAGUGACAAGCCUGGCCAGUGUCCUGCAUCAGUUGGUUCGUCAGUGACAUUUACUGGGAGCAGCUAUGUGAAAUAUCGUCUCUUGGAAAAUGAAAACAAAGAGGAAAUGAAGCUCACAAUGAGGCUUAGAACAUAUUCAACCCAUGCAGUUGUCAUGUAUGCCCGAGGAACAGACUAUAGUAUCUUAGAGAUUCACCAUGGGAGGCUACAGUAUAAAUUUGACUGUGGCAGUGGUCCUGGCAUUGUCUCAGUUCAGAGUAUUCAGAUUAAUGAUGGUCAUUGGCAUUCAGUGUCUCUUGAAGUGGAUGGAAACUAUGCCCGGCUGGUUCUGGACAGGGUGCACACUGCAUCUGGUACUGCUCCUGGCACGCUUAGAACACUAAACCUAGAUAACUAUGUAUUUUUUGGUGGACAUGUUCGGCAACAAGGUACAAGGCAUGGGAGGAGUCCACAGGUCAGCAAUGGUUUCAGAGGAUGUAUGGAUUCCAUUGUACUUAAUGGGCAAGAGCUACCACUAAACAGCAAACCACGGAAUUAUGCACAUAUGGAAGAAUCUGUAGACGUAUCUCCUGGAUGUUUACCGACUGCUACUGAAAGCUGUUCAAGCAGUCCUUGCCAGAAUAGCGGCAUAUGCAAUCCACUGACCAAUGGAGGUUAUUAUUGCAAGUGUCCUGCUUUGUUUAUGGGAACCCAUUGUGAAGUGAGUGUCAAUCCAUGUGCCUCCAAUCCUUGCCUUUAUGGUGGCACUUGUAUUUCGGUCAGUGAUGAUUUUGUCUGCCAGUGCAGAGGACAGUACACUGGUCAGAGGUGUCAGUUGGGUCCAUAUUGCAAAGACAACCCUUGCAAAAAUAGUGGCAAGUGUAUUGAUAGUUUGGAUGGGCCCGUUUGUGAGUGUGAGGCUGGUUUUCGUGGAGAAAGGUGCCUGACUGAUGUUGAUGAAUGCACAGAAAACCCAUGUCUCAAUGGUGCCCUUUGUGAGAACACAUAUGGCUCAUAUCACUGCAAUUGUAGCCAUGGAUUUGGAGGAAGAUAUUGUGCAGAGAUUGUUCUCAAUAAAUACGUUUCAACAUCUUGGAACAUUAGCUUAGCAGAAGUAAUCGGAAUUAUUGUUUUCAUAGCCGGAAUCUUCUUAUUAGUUGGGAUUUUUGUUUUCUGCCGCAAACUGAUCAGUAGAAAGAAGAAACGCCAACCAGAGUCUGAAGAUAAGCACCUGGGAACAACAACAGCUUUCUUGCAAAGACCAUAUUUUGAUUCAAAACUGAAUAAGAACAUUUACUCAGAUAUCCCACCCCAGGUGCCUGUUCGGCCCAUUUCUUAUACUCCAAGCAUUCCAAGUGACUCCAGGAACAAUCUUGACAGGAAUUCUUUUGAGGGGUCGACCAUCCCAGAGCAUCCAGAGUUUAGUACCUUUAACCCAGAUUCUGUACAUGGCCACCGAAAGGCAGUGGCUGUCUGCAGUGUGGCACCUAACUUGCCUCCGCCACCUCCAUCAAACUCUCCUUCAGACAGUGACUCAAUUCAGAAACCGAGCUGGGAUUUUGACUAUGACACUAAAGUAGUAGAUCUUGAUCCUUGCCUUUCAAAGAAGCCUCUGGAGGAAAAGGCCUCUCAUCCUUACAGCACUAGAGAAAGUAUGUCUGAGGUCCAGUCCCUUAGCUCCUUCCAGUCAGAGUCAUGCGAUGACAAUGCUUCCAUAGUGACUGUAAUACACCUUGUCAAUGCUGUUGUUGACUCGGUGGAAAAAGAAGAGUCUUUUGCUGUUCCUGACCUCAGCAAUUCAAGAGGUUAUCAUUGGGAUACAUCAGAUUGGAUGCCAAGUGUUGAACUGCCCGGUAUCCAAGAGUACCCAAAUUAUGAGGUGGUUGAAGAGCCAGCUCCCCUUUACACAGAUCCAAAUGCCAUUGAUACAGAUUACUAUCCUGGAGGCUAUGACAUAGAAAGCGAUUUCCCACCUCCGCCUGAUGACUUUCCUGCACUCGAUGAGCUCCCGCCAUUACCGCCAGAAUACAAUGACCAGUUUGAAUCAAUACAGCCACCCAGAGACAUGCCGGCAGUGGGCAGCUUGGGUUCUUCUACAAGAAGCAGGCAGAGGUUCAACCUUAAUCAAUACCUUCCCCAUCACUACCCAGCAGAUAUGUCAGAACCUCAGAACACAACUAGUGGAGUCAACAGUAAUUAUAGAGAACCUUAUGCUCCUUACACUUUAGGGUACAAUAGUGACUUCGAAGCACCCACUGUAGACAACAUGUCCCUGUCUGUGUACACUUCCACGGCUUCAUGCUCCGAUGUGUCAGCAUGCUGUGAAAUGGGGUCUGAGGUAAUGAUGAGUGACUAUGAGAGUGGAGAUGAUGGCCACUUUGAAGAUGUGACUAUUCCUCCACUUGAUUCUCAACAACAUACAGAAGUCUGACACUCACACUCAACAAAAGUGCCUAGGCUUGAAUGAAUUUUAAGGAUUCUCGAAGAGCUUUUUUUUUUUUUUCUUGGUAGCAGUGCUUGAAUGCGUUUGUUUAGUGAGCUAAAACUGGCAUGGCUGCACUGGAUCAUGCAGCUCAUUUCAACAUAUUAGCCUAUUUCCAUUUCCUGACCUACUGUAAUUGGACAGAUCAGAGGUUUCCAUUGGCUGUGCCAUUUCUGAAAGUGUUUUUUGUACUUACUUUUGUCUGUUAAAGAAAUUUAAAAACAAACAAACCACAUACCACUUCACCAUGUUAGCAUGAUACAUAUAUUUAUAUAGUUCUAAUGCAAAUUAAUUUUCUCCAAUCUUUUUUGUAAAUGUUAUGUACAGUUUUGAUUUUAAUAGUUUUAACUAGAUUUUGUAGAUAUUUUGUGAAUUUGUUUUCCACUGAAUCUAGUGGUGUUAGUGUGCCAUUAAACUAGCACCCUGAAUAUUAUUAUAAUCAGGGCUUCACUGUAUGUAUUUUUUUCCCCCAUUGAGGUUUGGCAUUUCAUUAUAAGGAUUUCAGCAUGUUCAUGCGAUUCCAUCUGUACAUAGGUUAGACGAGAUCUGAUAUUUUCUGGGUCAGAUAUAUGGAAAUGUCUUAAAUGGGUGGCUGUAUUUUAGAAUUGUAAACAUUUUUUCCCUUCUUGGAAAGUGUGUUGGGGACCCUCUGCAUACCUGUUUAGAACCAAAACCACCAUGACACAGUUUUUAUAGUGUCUGUAUAUUUGUGAUGCAAUGGUCUUGUAAAGGUUUUUACUGAAAACUACCAUUAGCCAGUCUUUCUUACUGACAAUAAAUUAUUAAUAAAAUACUUUA